AUGUCCGACAUCCGGGACUCCAUUGCCCCUCAGGCAGGCAAACAGGAUGCCAAACCUGCGCCCGAGGCAUUACGAGGGGCUCUCAACAUUGACGAAGCUCGUAGCAUCGUCAAUUCACGCGUGGACGAGCUGGACUUGUCGCUUCACAAUGAAAUCAACAAAUUGCUGCACAACAACCCCGAGACGGCUUACAAGGAGUUCAUCGCCCAUGAAUCCAUCACGAAUUACCUGGAGAAGCAGGGUUUUGCGGUCAAGAGGAACACCUAUGGUCUCGAAACCAGCUUCGAGGCUGAGUUUGGAUCUGGUGGCCGUCAAGUAGUUGUGUGUGCCGAAUACGAUGCGCUCCCUGACAUCGGCCAUGCUUGUGGUCAUAAUCUUAUUGCAACAUCCUCCAUUGCGGCGUUUCUGGGAGCUGCUCGCGCUCUUUCGGACCUGAAAAUCCCUGGAAGAUUACGCAUUUUGGGAACCCCGGCGGAAGAAGGUGGUGGCGGUAAGGCGAAGCUAAUCGACGCUGGCGCCUUCAACCCGCCCGAGGACAUAGCGGCUGCCAUCAUGGCGCAUCCAACAGCCGCUCACCAGGGUGGGAGUGGUGAUGGAUCAUCGGGGCUGGCAGGUUUCAAGCUUAUUGCCAGCCACAAGUUUCGAGUCGAGUUCCGCGGAAAGCCGGCCCACGCAGCUGGUGAGCCUUGGAAAGGAUUGAACGCGUUGGAUGCAGCUGUGGCAGCUUACAGCAACGUGGCACUUCUGAGGCAGCAAAUCCAGUCUGAUGAGAGAAUACACGGUGUCAUCGAAGUUGGAGGAACUGUGCCCAAUGUCAUCACGGAUUACACCCGCAUGAAUUGGAACGUCCGCAGCCCAACCAUCGAUCGUGCCGAUGCGUUAUUGCGGAGAGUCAAAGCGUGUCUGGAGGCUGGCGCCGCAGCAACUGGCUGCGAGAUCAACUACAUUGUGGCACCAACAUACAUGAACCUGCGCGCCAACGACACACUCUGCAAGGCUUAUGUCGAGGACAUGGCGUCAAUUGGGGAAACAAUCCAACUUCACCAGGCGAAGCCUUUCAACGCAUCCACCGACAUGGGUAAUGUUUCUCACCUCGUGCCCAGCUUCCAUGGCGCGUUCGUCAUUCCAACAUCACCCGACGUGGCGGGCCAUCAUCCGGAAUUCGCAGCGGCCGCAGCGACCGAUGAGGCACACGCAGCGGCUUUGAAGUGUGCAAAGGGCAUGGCAAUGCUCGCUGUUAGAGUUCUCACCGAUGACUUGAUUGCGAAUAGGGCCAGGAAAGACUUUAUGACCCCUGACGAAUCAUAA